GGCACCAGUGAGGAAGUGAAGAUAACUAACUUUCGUUUCCUCCACGAAACUUUUUAUUUAUACUGCACCUAAUUUCAGAAAGGAGAAGUAACGACAACAGGGUCUGAAAGGGACACAGGGACGGGGAUGUCCGUGUGUCUCUGUCCCCGUCUUCAUUCUGCUCCAGCCCCGCUACACUGACACGAUGGAGGCAACUGCCGAUGAAGCUUUGAUCCCUCAUGAUGAUCAGUUUGUAGUGCCUCCAAAUGGCAACGUGAACGAAAUGCUUAAUGUGGACCACGAAGACAACAUGCAGGGCCAGGUGGAGGAGUUUUUGGGCCCACAGGCAGAUUACAACGAGGAGGAGGAGGAGAAGAAAUACUAUCGAAGGAAGAGGCUGGGAAUCAUCAAGAAUGUUGUUGCAGCCAGUAUUGGAGCCAUGAUUGUGUACAGUGUGUACAUGGGCCUCCUGCAGAUGCAGUUGAUCCUCCACUAUGAUACGACCUACCGUGAGGUAAAGUACAGCAACCUCGGCCUGCAGGACAUCGACCAGAAGAUGCUGAUGGGGAUUAAUGUCACACCGAUCGUAGGCCUCCUGUACACGCCUCUCCUCAUCAGGUUUCUAGGUACCAAGUGGAUGAUGUUCCUGGCUUCGGGGAUCUACGCUCUCUUCGUCUCUACCAAUUACUGGGAGCGUUACUACACCCUCGUUCCAUCGGCUGUGGCCAUCGGUGUGGCCAUUGUGCCCCUGUGGGCCUCCUUGGGAAAUUAUAUCACACGGAUGGCACAGCAGUACUAUGAAUGCGUCAACUACAAGGAGGAGCACGUGCAGGAGCAGAAGAAGCUCCCAAAGGGAGCGUGCCACUGCUAUAUCAUCGUCUUCCAGUCGGUCUUUAACAUCAUUUUCAAUCUGAGUUUUGUCUUCGCCGAGUUCCCCAUGGCCUUCGUCCUCAACAACGUUUACCUCCAUGACAACCCCCACAUCCUCGCCCAAGUGAAAGUCUGCGGUGCUAAAGUCACCGGAUUGAUCCCUGGCUUCAACAACACCGUGCUGAAAAAACUUCCAAGCUCCAUGCUGCUCAUCAAAGUGGAGAGCGUGCUCAUGGGCUUCGCCUUCCUCUCCAUGAUCAUUUUCCUCGGGCUGUGUGGGGCUGCCUACCGCCCAACAGAAGAGAUCGACCUUCGCAGUAUAGGCUGGGGAAACAUCUUUCAGCUGCCUUUCAAACACCUGAGGGACUACCGCCUGCGACUGCUCUGCCCCUUCUUCAUCUACAGUGGAUUUGAGACGCUGUUUGCCAUCUCUGGAUUCACCCUGUCUUAUGGUGUGUGUACUUUGGGUCUAAAUAAACUGUGGCUUCUCAUCGUCGUCUACGGCCUCUCCGCCUCCGUCUUUUCCUCCCUAAGCCUUUCCCUCUUACGGCUUCCACGCUGGGUGUGUCUCAUCAGUGGUGCUUUUGUGCAUGGAGUGCUUGUCGUGGUUCUCAUGGCAUUUUCUCCAGAGCCAAAUCACCUCAAGUAUGAGGGCCCUCUACUGGUGAUCUCUGUGCUGUGGGGACUCGGCACCGCCCUGAACAAGACAGGCGUCAGCACCCUACUCGGGAUGCUGUACGCUGAAGAAAAGGAACGCCUGGACUUUGUCUACACCAUCUAUCACUGGUGGCAGGCAAUCGCCAUCUUUAUAGUCUACCUUUGGUAUGGUCUUCCUAUGAGGGCAAAACUUUCCAUACUACUAGUCACUUUGUUGCUGGCUUGCUGUUGCUAUUGGGUGAUGGAGCGUCGCCUGGCCAAGAGAGUGCCAUUCAGACUGCCUCGCAUCCCUCGGCCGCGACACAAGGUCAAAGGUUACCGCUACCUGGAAGAGGACAACUCUGAUGAGUCUGACUCGGAGAGGAGCGAGGAGGACGACGGAGAAGACGAGAGGGAGGAAGACGACUAUGAUGUAGUGCAAAAUUUGGACGGGGAGGAAAGGGACCAAGAGGGUUGGUAUCAGGGAGCUAACUCACCCAGAGCCAGGAGAAGAGGAGCCGAGGGCCGUGGACAGGAAGACGCCCGUGUGAAUGAGAGCGGCGGAGAGAUUUGAGAAGAGGAGAGGAAGACUUAAAAUAGCACUGGAUGCUCUUUUUUUCAUUAAUAUUUCUGUAACUUUGGUUUGUUUUUCAGUGGAAAAUAUAAAAAUUAAGAAAAAAGCCCCAAUAGUUUAUAGUUUUCUAACUUUGAAGGAAAGCUAUAGGUAACUGCUUAACUGAAAUUACAGUCAUCAAUAAGAAAAGUACACCGGCUUUAACAGCUAUAUUGUUAUAAUACAUCAGCACAUUCUGGAUAAAACAAAAAAUUCGAGUCCUUUUUCUUUCUAUGUAAACUGGCUAACCAAAUGAUAAGUGCAGAGAGCAUUUCACUUCAUCAGAAUUUGUUGUUUAUUAUUGAAAAAAAAUCUGCAUAGAAAGACUUGAAAGCAAGCGACAAAAUGAAGGAAUUGAUUUUCUGAGUUCAAUCACAAGUUGUGUGUUUUGAUAGAAAAACAAGCCUGCCUCUUGUAAGCAACAUAAAAAGCCCCAUAUUUGUUGUUUUAAUUCCUUAUAAUUUCAGUAUUUCAUUUAAUAGUGUUUGGACAUUGGUCAGAGAAUCUGGAAUCACACAAGGCAUUGUCAGAAGCUCAGAGGACUGUCUGCUGUAAGAUGCAGAAGAUGAGCUUGAAUAUAUUUAAUGAAGUGCAGCAUUUAGCAUCUUUCCUAUACAUUUAAGAAAUCUAAAAUAAUAUUCAGAAACAAACAAACAAAAAGGGCUACAGCCACACGAGCUAUAUGCUAACAUUAGCAUGUAGCCCUGCAACAUUGCUUGCUGCGUCUUGGUUUGUAGCAGCUGAUACGGUGGGUAUACCAGACACUAGUUGCAUAGUGCAUGUUAAAGCUGAGAGUACAUUAGCAUUGUAUCUGUGAACUUUGCUCUGCUAAUAAUUGUUGUUAUUGCUACAAGUUGAUGAUUAGCCGAAGACAAUGCUAAGUCCAGAUAAGGUUCAUGCACUUUAAAAUAGAGUGCUACAAAUGGAAACCCACUAAUUUCAUUCUGACAGGGGCAUUAGAUGAAGGGUCAGAGAUGUCAGUCAGAAAAUUAAAUUAAAAAAACAAACACUCAUACAUAACUUAGUGUUUUGUACAUGUCAAAACAGUAAAGGGCCAAAUAUGCUUUUUGAACCUGCAUACAUACAGUAUCAUUUCACUAAAGUAUCAAAGGGUCUAACAUAGAAACCUUUUUGCUCAUGCAGUAACUGCUUUUCUGUGCUGAAUGAUUAUUUCUAAUGACGGCUACACUCCCAAAGAUGUGAAAGUGUAGGCUAUUUAAAAGACAGAUGUGAGUGCCUUGAAGACUUGCUUUGUUAGUGGAGUCGUGUUUAGAGCCCUCAACUCAAUAUUAUAAUCAUAGGCAUCGUCAUGUUUUUAUGUUUUCUAAAAAAAACUUGUGACAUGACAAGCAAGAGGUAGAUCUGACAAAGAAACACUAUGGUCGUAAAGUAGGAACUUGACACAAUGUCUCCACACCCUAAAGCUUACUCAGUCUAUUUUAGUUUAAGUAUUUUUACAAAGUGAACAUCAUGCUGUAUUAAAUAAGAUUUGAAAAUAAGACUUGAAACUAGAAAUUGACUCCAUGAAAUUAUCAGGAAAGUGUUUGCUGUGGUCACAAAUGGAGUGAGCAUUACAGUCAACUUCUUUCAAAUGUUAAUAUAUCGGACAAUACUUUGGAGCCAGAGGAGUCACCCUCUGCUGGCCAUAAGAAAGAAUACAAGUUUAAGGCACUGCGGUUCCUCUGGACUGAAAACUGAAGUCUAAGUUAAACUGUCAUUCAAUCUAUGGCUGGUUUGCCGUCAUGUCAUGCAGAAACACUUGCUGGAACUUCACCAUCAUAAAUUUCACCUGUCAACUAUUUGCCCUGUAAAAAUGAGGGAAUUCUGCACAUCACUGUGCAGCCUUUGCUGUGUAUAUAUACCAAAACUUUUUCUUAUUGUGUCUAUUUUACUUAAAUGGGUUUCAUGUCUUUUGUUUUACUUUGUAUUCAUGGUUUCCGAGGUGACUUUAGAUUUACUUGACAGCACUCUGUAUUCCCUAAUCUUUCAGAACCGCAAGCCUAAAUGUUUUCAUACAGAAACCUUCAUAUAUAUAUAGAUAUAUCUAUAUAUAUAUGUAUUUGUGGUUUUCUAUAGUAGUUUUGUAUAGUAAGGUUGGAUGUAAUUGAACCACAGCUUCUUCUUUUCCAGUCAUCAAGGUACAGAUUUCUAUUUUAACCAGCUGUAGGAGGAAGGAAUGUAAUCAACAUCCUACGGUGGACAUAUAACAUUUAAUUUAACUUUAUAUGGGAUUGUAAGUGUUUUAGAGAGCUUAGCUGCGUUAUUGCCGUGCUGAUGUUGUUCAGUUUAUGUAAUUUCUGACCCUGAGAAUGUAUUUUGUGCUUUUCUCCAGUAUAAACAUGCAGUUUGAAGUAAAAAGAUGUGCUGAAUCGAA